CUCUUCGCACUUUGCUGAACCUCCUGGUCGAUGAUGGGAUUUCGGCUCUCUUGUCGUGGCGACUUUUCCUUUGCUUUGUCGGCGCUUUAUUCCUUGAUUGACUCGCACUCCUGCAAUGCCUUUCCCGCUGUGUGUGUUCUUCAUUGACCGCCCGUCUAUUCGGCCCCCCCUCCUUUCUUCCGCUCCCUGUCCCCGUUUCUCUGCAUUGAAGCCGGAAUUCAGUUUCUCCGACGAAGUCUUCGUUUCCGGAGGGGCGGCGCGAAUUGUGGGUCUGCGUGCCUGGAUGUCUGGAAAAUCCCUAAGAUAUCUUCGUUAAUGUGUGCAGAGAUCGCAUCUUCAGCUCGCUUCUUCGCGGGAAACCGGAGUCGAGAUCGAGGAUUACGAUGAAUGCGAUUUCGCAGCUGCGUUACCGGCUUCUGUUCGUCUGGCUUCAGCCAUGCAGCGACAAUGAAGGCUCUUAUCAUGGAUUCACCUGGAAAGAUGGAGAAAUUCACUAGGAGUAGUGGAAGCUUGUUAAUCCACUUCAAAUAGGAAGGCGCUCCGGACAUUGAUAUCGGCGAGAUCAACCUCUGUUUUGUCAUCUGGAGUUAUGUUUGGAAUGAAAGCCAUGAGAAGGGCAUCCCCAGUCUUACUCUUUCUUUUGGCUGCACUGUUUUGCUUUGCUACAUACAACAUCCUAGCCAUGAUGCGGCACAACAGAGCAAUUAGAAAUUUUGUGGGUGCUAAUACAAGAAGUGUGCUUGAAUCGGAUCCAAUCGUUGAGAUGCCGGAGCAUGUGAAGAAACCAAAACAUGUAAAGUCGCCGUUCCACAUCGCCCUCACGGCAACAGCCGCUCCUUACAGCAAAUGGCAGUGUCGCAUUAUGUAUUACUGGUAUAAGCAGAAAAAGGACUUGCCAGGUUCAGAUAUGGGAGGAUUUACUCGGAUUUUGCAUUCUGGAAGUCCCGAUAACUUGAUGGACGAGAUUCCUACGAUGGUGGUGGAUCCUCUUCCAGCAGGCCUGGAUAGGGGAUACGUCGUCUUAAACAGACCAUGGGCUUUUGUACAAUGGCUGGAGAAGGCGACAAUUGAGGAAGAAUAUAUACUUAUGGCAGAGCCUGACCAUAUAUUUAUUAGACCUUUACCUAAUCUGGCUCAUGAAAGAUUUCCUGCUGCCUUCCCCUUUUUCUACAUCAAGCCGGAGCAAAAUGAGAAAAUUGUGAGGAAGUUUUAUCCUGAGGAGCAUGGACCUGUGACAAAUAUUGAUCCCAUUGGAAACUCACCUGUUAUUAUUAGGAAAGAUUUACUGGGGAAGAUCGCUCCCACAUGGAUGAAUGUCUCUCUAAGAAUGAAGCAGGAUCCAGAAACUGAUAAAACGUUUGGAUGGGUGCUAGAAAUGUAUGCUUAUGCAGUGGCAUCUGCUUUGCAUGGCGUGCAGCACAUUCUACGUAAAGACUUUAUGUUGCAGCCUCCAUGGGAUCUGGAAACUGGAAAGAGGUUCAUCAUCCAUUACACUUAUGGAUGUGACUACAACUUAAAGGGUGAGUUAACGUAUGGGAAGAUAGGCGAAUGGCGAUUUGAUAAGAGAUCACAUCUUCGAGGACCACCACCAAGAAACCUCUCUCUACCUCCACCUGGAGUUCCUGAAAGUGUGGUCACUCUUGUCAAGAUGGUGAACGAAGCUACAGCUAAUAUUCCAAAUUGGGAUACAUCUUAAGGACUGAGUUAUGUGCAGAUUCGAGCGUAAGUCCUCAAGACUCCUUUUGGAAACACCUUUAAAUUUUGAUUCAAAUUGCAGCGUCUGGAAAGGAUUCUACACGAAGUGAGGGUUGACUAACCCCGCCUUCCCCAAAAAGAAUUGCAGAAUGCAGAGUAGAGCUUGUCCAUUCUGUAUGCACUAUGUCUACAUACUCAAUACAAGCCGAUCACACCAUUUAGUUGACCAAAUUUUGUAAAUCUUCUUAGUAUAGGCCACAUUUGCUUUUUCGAAACAGCCAACUCCUUGAGACUAUCUUUGUUUCGGUAUACUGGCUUCUGAAUGCGUCUUACAAAUAGAAUUUGCCUGUCUUUGAUACAA